GUGCUCACCGACGAUGGAUGCAGGACCGGCGGGAAGCAGCAAGAAUUCCGAUAUGGAGGUGAAGCCGAAGAAGACGAGAAACAGGCAGGCCUUGAGUUGUACUGAGUGCAAGCGGCGGAAGAUCAAGUGCGAUAGACAGCAACCCUGCGGCGCAUGUACCAAGCGACAUGAGGAACACAAGUGUGUGUGGGAAGAGAAGAAAGUUAUAAAGCCAAGUAGGACAAAUCACCCAUAUUCAGACCAGGUCGCUUAUCUACAGGAGCAACUCGCCGAGACACAGUCUUGUUUGCGGGGAUUAGCCAGCUUUUUGCGAUUCUCUGGCAUACCAGUACCAAACAAUAUGUUUGACAAUAUGUCACGCCUCUCUCCUCCAAGUUCUGCGUUUAGAAUGAACGAUUUGGAUUUGGAGGAUGAAGAAACAGCUGCAGCAUUCACGUUAGAAGGUAUAGCUAUGGGACGUAGACCAGACGAUGAUUUCAAUGAUGAGGCAGCCCUGCUGAGGCGCAAGAGAACGGACUCCGUCAAUUCCCUCAGCAGAAGGACAGUGAAAGACACACCUGCACCCUUUUCAGGCGGUAACUCAGCACCGCUCUACUGUGAUCCACCAUCCGUUACAACUUCUCUGGAUCAAAAUGCUGGUUUCCCAUUUACGCCAAAACCACAAGAAAGUAUGUUCAUGACAAAGGGAAUAUUGCAAUAUUUGCCAAAUAAAGCCAAAGCAGACGUUUUGAUAACAUUCUAUUUGCAACACCUCGAGUGGCUACAUAAACCGCUCCAUGUACCUACGUUCAUCAGUGAAUAUAACCAAUAUUGGCAAGAUAUGAGCAUUGGUUUUGCUACUGACAAUAUAGAUCCAAAGUGGAUGUCAUUAUACGCAAGUGUAUUGUGUGUUUCUACGCAUUUUGGCGGUGAAUAUUAUUACAAUAAUGACCGGGUAUUCGGCAAUCCUGAAGUAGAAGCACGAAACGAGAAAGAAGCUGAUAUUUAUUAUCAGAUUUCACGAUCCGCUCUCUCACAGAGCGAUUUCUUGAUCAAUCAUUCAUUAGAAGCUAUCCAAACUAUCAUCAUCCUAGGUUUAUAUCUUCACAACAAAAACCAAACUGAAACUCACUUGAUAUUGAUGAGCACUGCUAUUAAGAUGGCACAGUUGAUGGGACUAUCGCGCAUACCGGACGAGAGUGCGGGUAGUGAGACUCAAGGUAAUGUUGUCGAGAGAGAGAUGAGUCGACGCCUUUGGCACUCACUCGUCUUCCAAGAUUCUUUCAAUGCUUCUGCUAGUUCUUACAGCUACGCCAUACAUGUUGAUCAGAUGACGACAAGCGUGCCUGCCAACGUUGAUGAUGACGAAUUGAUUGCCAAUACAGCCAUUCCUUUCGUUCCAGAUAGUGUUUGGACAGAUAUGAGUUACUUCAGGAGCAAAUUGCAUUUUGCAAAUAUAACACGUAAAAUUGUAGAUACACUCAACCGGGAUAGUAAAGGCUCCUAUGAAUUCGUAAUUGAGAUGGAUACAGAGUACCGAGCUGCUCUUGAUCGUAUUCCGUCGUUCUUAAGGCUAGAUUUGACAGAUUAUGACCCGAAGGUGCUUUUAAUGAAGCCAUGCAGAGCUUGGGAACGACUAAUGAUGAGCUUUACUAUACACAACCGACUGAUGAGAUUACAUCGAGGCUAUAUGAUCGAGGGUUAUUCGAAACCAGAGUAUUCGGUCUCCACUCAAGCUUGCGUAGCUUCGGCCAAAACUUUGUUGGCCUUGAUGAAAGAAGGAAGGAAGUACAAUUGGCCAGCUAGUCGCUGGUGGGUUGUUCUCAUACAGUGCUGGACAGCAUCGAUAGUAAUUCUUAUCGACUUGUUCUACACAAGUGAUGUCCAUGAAGCAGAAGCAAAGAGCAAAGAAGUGCGCGAAGCACUUGUUAUAUUUAGAGAUAUACAACAUGUUUCGACAGUUGCCAAGAAAGCAGUACUCACCCUCGACAGACUACUCGAGGAAGAUAAAGAGAGAAGGGCAGACAGUACAGCAUCAAAGAAACGAAAAAUCUCAAUUGAAGGAUUCACACCUAUUGGUUUAGCACCUAAUUAUCCGGGUCUACAUGGUGAUAAUACCAACACCACUCGUCAACAGCAGUCAAUGCUCAACACAAUAUUACCUGUACCACAAUCAAGUAGUAACGUAGACAAUAGUGGUGAUGUUUGGGAGAAUAUGUUUAAGCAGGAGCUCGGGUUAUUCCAAGAUAGCAGUCUUGACUUUUGUUGGAAAUUUGACGAAUACGCAUAGAUAUUAUUGUAAAUUAAAUGUAAACUUUUUAUUCAUAUGCUUUGCUAAGUGGA